CAUGCCGUAAGAUACCUGGCACUGUAUUUUAUUUGCACGUCACUACGUUGAAUUCACGCUGGCAGAAGUUAUACAUAUAAAGGGAUUGAAAUAUGACCUCGUUAAAAUAUUGGAGUCACGGUUAUUAUAUAUUCUAUGUAAUACUUACGCAGACCACUAUUGCGAAUGAAAAAUCCAAAACUUGUUCAGCGAUGUGUUUAGGAAAUAAUUGUCAGACAUAUUGUAAUGGGUCAAUGGCUGUAGCCUCGGCUCAGGGCUUUAACGCAGCUGCAACGGUAGAUGGCGAAUUAAGUACUGUUGAGUGUACCGGAGCUUUUUGUCGUUCUAAUUGUAAUGGUUAUACAAAUACAUGCAUGUCGAAGUGCUUUGGACGUGCAUGCAGUGCUGAGGUAACGUAGUUCAAAAAUUUCAAUUAAGACCCAACAGGAGGGGUCAUUUUCCAUAAAACGCUCUCGACUAUUUCCUCCCUGGUUUUUGAAGCUAGAGCAAUGUUUUUUCAGCACAGAUUAUUAUUAUUAUUAUCUGUGUCCACCUCGACUUUAAAGUUUUUUGCGCAAUAAUUGCAAAAAAAAAAUUGCAAAACUUGUGCGGCGGAGACUGGUGCCCAAACUAGGUUGAUCCUGUGCGUCAAUAUUUUUUAACUAAGUUGUUCUCAAUGGUAAAUUUUUAUUCGAUAAAUCUCUUAGUUAAUAAUAAGAGUAUAUUUUAACUUAAAUUACCAAUUUAAAAGGGGGGCUCCUUUCCAUUUUCGCAUUUUCGCUCCUGUAACAUCAUACUUUCGUGAGCGUCAAAUGGCGGGUGUACA